CUGCUGACGUCACCGUUUUCGGAGCAUGCCUACAAAGGUCGAAAAUAAACAAAGACCGAAGGCAGACCUGUGAAGCAUUUCACUUUUAACUCUAAACGACAGCUGUUCCAGUCAACUGCAUCAUAUCGACCAUGGAGAACGUAUUUUCAUGUCGAGCAAGCGUUUAUUUGGACCAGGGAGGCAGGAAGUACAUGGAGGAUUUCGUUCAGAUAAAACAGGACGACGAGCCGAGCGAGGACGAGCUGAACGCUGCUGAACAUGGCGAGACGGAAGCGGUAGGAAAUGGGAAUUACAAACUUGAAAGUGAACCCGGAGAACGAACUCCAGCCAGCAGCGCGGGUGAGGGAAGCCGAUCAGCCACACCGAGAUGCGGAGCUGAAAGCUGCUCCCCUCGUCAGGACGCUUCCUCUUCGAGAGCUCGCUCGCGGGCCGUGGCUUUCUACGCGGUUUUCGACGGCCAUGGCGGCCCGGAUGCGGCGAGCUACGCUCAGGAACAUCUGUGGGAUCUUAUCAAAAAACAAAGAGGCUUUUGGUCUAAAGAUGACGAAGAGGUGUGCGCAGCUAUACGGAAAGGAUUCAUUGCCUGCCACCAUGCCAUGUGGAAGAAACUACCGGAAUGGCCGAGGACAGCCACUGGCCUUCCCAGCACGUCAGGAACAACAGCAAGCGUUGUUGUAAUUCGACGUGAUCGCAUGUACGUGGCUCACGUUGGGGACUCAGCUGUGGUUUUAGGUGUGCAAGACGAUCCUGAUGAAGAGAUUAUACGAGCAGAGGAAAUCACACAAGAUCACAAGCCAGAACUCCCCAAAGAGAGAAAGAGAAUUGAGGGACUAGGAGGCAGUGUAAUUAAAAAGUCUGGGGUAAAUAGAGUUGUGUGGAAGAGACCCAGGCUCACUCACAAUGGACCAGUCAGAAGGAGCACCGUUAUCGACCAAAUCCCCUUCCUUGCUGUUGCUCGAGCUUUGGGUGAUUUAUGGAGCUAUGACUUCUACAGUGGGGAGUUUGUAGUUUCACCAGAGCCUGAUACUGCAGUCAUUAAGCUGGAUUUAAAGAGGCACCGUUACAUCAUUUUGGGAAGCGAUGGCCUAUGGAACAUGGUUUCGCCCCAAGAGGCAGUAUCCAUGUGUCAGGAAACUGAUAGGGCCAAGGCUAAGAGCCAGAAGACAAAGGAAAAUGUUUGUAGUGCUCACGAGCUGGUGAACCAUGCCCUUCAACGAUGGAGUCAACGCAUGCUUCGUGCUGACAACACUAGCGCUAUCGUAAUUUGCUUGGAGCCAGUAGGGACAUUUCCUGAACCUUUGUCCCCAUAUGAGGUUGUGUAUAACCUAGAGGGAGCAAAGUGUAGCUCUACCGCUGGAUCCUGCUCUGACACUCGACCCAACCAGGUCCCAGAGGCAGAUGUUUCCUCUUCUGCCUGUGAAGAGGAAUCAGCCAUUGGACAGCGCAUCGCUAAUAGUGGGACAAGCAGUUGUGAAUCAUUGAAAUCUCCUGUUACAAACUCUGACUUUCCUCAUAAAGAUCUCAGUAAUAAGAGCUUGAAUGAUGGCAUCCGUAAUAACACAGUGACAACAGGCAAGCGAAUGCUGGAGGAUCUCUCCAACCCUGCAGGGAAGAGGCCUCGUCGUAGUCUUCCCCAGUCCUCUCACAGCUCUGCGUCCUCAUGCACAUCUCGACGGAGGUACAGCGAGCGCCCCGCACUGAGACGCAGUGGCAAAAGUCAGAAGCAGCCCGACAACGUGCAAGGUCUACUUCAGGAGCAUGGAAAUGCCACUGUGUGCGUUUGCUAACAUCUUAAGUGCUCUCACACACUCUCACGCUCAUGUUGGAUGGUCACAAUCACACUCAGUUUUAUACACUUCAGAUAAGCUACUGAAAAACCAGGCCCUAAAGCUACCAGGUCAAGAUAUAAAAGUGGUUUGAUUUUACGAUUAAAGGUUAUGAUGCAAUAUAGUGUACUUCUUUCCAUCUAGCAUAUUGUGACACACCUAUUGUGUUCUUCUGUUAUGUGAAGUAACGGGGGUUCUGUUACAUGCUCCAACAUUCUAUUUGUCACUUGUGUCACCUUCUCUACAAUGUUUUUGUAUUUUUUAAAUCUUGUAACGAUGUAGUCUAAUCAAGUACACGCUAUGGACCUUGUACUUAUUUGGGUUCAUACACUUUAAGUUGAAUUCCUGCUGUCUUCCAUUCAUUGUGGUGGAAGGAUUGUAAGAACAAUUCAACAGAAGAAUGCAUAUCUUCUGAGAAGAUAUUGCUCCUUGCAACUGACAUGUACAUAUUCCAAAGAACAUUUUUAAGGAAUUAAUUUACUUUGAGCAAUUCGAUGGUGUAUGUAUUUUUAUACACUUUGUUUUACAGAACAAAGGGGAAUGCACACAGUUUCUACCAUUUCUACAAGCAUCUUAACCUCCUGUCACUAUGUAUGAUUUUACCUUUACCUCAACAUAUAAAUAAGAAAUGUACACACCUGUUGGUCUUGGUUUUUAGAAUAUGUAUUGGUAUUAUGCUCAUUUACAUGUUAUUAUUUGUUUAUAUUGGGUUUUUUUUAAGUUGUUUUUUUUUUUCUAACUGUGAGACUCAUGUGAAACUUAAGGUGCUGCUAUGCUUAACCAGGUUAAUAAAAACAAACGUGAUAAACUUUAA